UCAGUCUGGUAGCCAAGGCUGUCCCGUGCAGGACGAUCCUUCCGCUGUUGCCAUUCUCAUUUAUUCCCUGUUUUAUUUUGUUUGUUUUUGGAACGGUACAUUUUGCAAGCGGAAGUGAAUUGAAGAAAGGUGUUCAAUUGAAUCAAGGGCAAUUUAGGCUAAUAAUUAUUGUAAAAAAAAUGCCGUCGACGAGUUGGCGUUCGCAUUUCCUUCCGUCGUGCAGUGUGGCCGAACUUCAGGACAUUGCCGACGGCUUGUCGGGAUUUGUGCUACCGACUGAACCGGCAAACGAAGUCUAUCCGGGAGUUCUCCUCGGCGAUGCACCGACGGCGCUAUCAACGUACAAACUGAAUCAACUCGGCGUGACUCACGUCGUCAACGUGGCCCAAGCACCGACCAUCUCCAUGUACCCACCGUCUGAUACUUUCAAACAUUCCAAAUGGCAAGACUGGGGAGCUGUCGGUGGAUUCGUCCGCACAUCCGAGGCUUACUACAAGCACGUCGGCAUGGAAUUCCUGGGAAUUCCGGCCUACGACACCAUCACUUUUAAUUUAUCCAGAUAUUUCUACGAAGCCGCCUGCUUCAUCGACGAAGCUCUCGCAUCCGGAGGUACCGUUUUGGUUCACUGUCACGCGGGAAUCUCCCGCAGCGCUACCAUCGUUGCCGCUUUCCUCAUGAUCAAGCGUGGCAUGACGGCCCAGGAAGCCAUCAGAGUCAUCAGGUCCCGGCGCUCGAUCCGUCCCAACAGCGGAUUCUUGCAGCAGUUGUGCGACCUCAACGAGAACUUGCUGGGCGAGAGAAGGCGGGCCAGGGCUGAUUUGGCCGCUAGAAAUGGUGGCACCUCGGUCGCUGUCCUUUGAUUUCUUCCCUUCUGUUUUCGUUUCUCUUCGAUCCGAAUUCUUCACUGAAAUCCAUCAUCGUCCAUAUUUGCUCCGGGGAUUCUUCUCAACAUUCUUCCUCUUUUUUUUCUCCUGCUGUUCUUCUUCUUUCCUAUCCGUUCUGUAACGCACGUUUUUUUAUGGGCCAAUACAAAUCAAGCAGUUGA